CAUAAAUGUUAUUAUUAUUAUUAUUAUUAUUAUUAUUAUUAUUACAUAAUGAAAAUCCUGGAAACAAGUCCCUUAUUAUAAUUUGAUCAGUCGAUUGUAUAUUUGUCAUGGAGAUUAUUUAUCAAUUAUUCAAUAAAGACAUCUUACAUAAAUUUAACCUGUAUUAUAUAACCAUUAAUCUAUUUAGUAUUCAAUUGAUUUUAUCCUAUCAACAAUUGUAUCCAACUGAUUUUCAAUCAUUAAAUUUAGGUUCAUGUAUUAAAAAUGAUGGUGAUCUAUUUUGUCAAAUGUAUAGACGUAAUAGUUUUUGUUCAAUUCAACAUGAUGAAUGUUUUUGUUUACCAGGAUAUGUAUCAAUAUAUGAAAUGAAUAAUAGUUGGUAUACAUGUAAACCAUUACUUACAGAUUUAUACUGUCGUAUAGAUUCAGAUUGUUCUUAUAUUCAUGGCAGUAUAUGUCAUCCAGGAGUUGGUGCAUGCGUUUGUCCUAGUGGUUAUGAAUUUGUAUUUCAACAUUUUUCCUGUUUUGAUAUUGGAGAAGAAUGUAAUCAUAUUAAUAAAGUAUGCCUUAGUCAAAAAGCAAUUUGUCUUGAAAAUUCAAUCAACAUACGUCAAACACAAUCGACAACAAAUCGUAAUGUAAAUAUUUGUGUUUGUCAUGAAGGUAUGAUUCCAGUAUAUCAGAAGAAUUUAGACUAUUUUGAAUGUUUUAUCGAAGAAACUGAUCCAACUAUUAUUGAUUGUCAACAUUGUUAUCAAUCAAAUGGGAAAUGUUAUCGAUUUAAUAUUGGAUCAAUCAAUCGAAUACAAUAUCAAUAUAGUUGUUCAUGUUCAUUAUUUAAACAAAAUGAUCAAUCACUUAGUGAUUAUUAUUAUUCUUAUCCAUAUUAUUUAGAUAUAAAUUUGAAUAAUAAAAAAAUCAAUAUUGAAUCUGAUCAAGGAUCUGAACAAGGAAAACAAUUAUCAAGGUUUCAUAUAAAGAGAAAAGAUUGUAUAGAAUAUUUAUUACAGAUUACAUGUAAUCAAGAAAGUAUUCAUAUCUGUUUUAAAAAUCCAUAUCAAACAUCAAUGAUAAGAACCAAUCAUAGAUCACGAAACAUUCAAGUCUACUUGGAUGCAUCAAGGAUCUAUCCUGAAUCCAUUCAACAUGAAUUCAACUAUUCUAUAGAUAAUCAAAAAUGUUACUUAAUCAAACAGAAUAAACAUAAUAAUGAUGAAUAUUGUUUAUUAGUUAAUUUUAAUCAAUUCAAUGAAUUGAGACAAUGUGGAAUUUAUGAAAUAAGUUAUAAGUAUGGAUCUGUAUUUUAUGGCACAUUACAUGCUGAAAUUGCAAAGAAUGAGGUUUCAUUAUUGAGAAACGUUCAUAUUGACUUUGUUUGUCAUAUCAAUGUUUCCUAUUUGAAUGGAUCAAAUCUAUCUACUUCAUAUUUAUAUGACAGAUCGAUCACUUUUAAAAAAAGAAAUGGUCAGCUGGAUUUAUCACAAAAAUCACCGAGAAUCAACAACCUCUUCCCAACGAAGUACAUCGAAAAGCACACUUUUCAAAAAGAAACAACACGAAAUACUAAUCUCAGUUCAAUAUCUUUAUCCAUAAUUAACUUAACCAAAAAUAUUUCGCAAAAUCAUGAAAUGACAUUAAAAAUCUCUUCAUCAUUAUCUGAAUUCAUAUUAAUAGAAUAUUGUUUGGUCAAAGGUCAAUCGAUUCCUUCCAAAAUACUGCCAACAUAUGAACAUGAAAAACUCUUAGAUUUAAAAUGUUUCAAUACAAACAUUCAUAGAAUUAAACAAAUCAUUGAUAUAUAUAAUAAUCUAAUAGAAUAUCAAUGUAUUUUAUUCAAACGAAUCAUUCAUCAUCGGACAUCGAAUAAAAAUCAUUCAAUUUGGAUCAGUCAAUCAUUUCAUUUAAACAAUAUCUCAUUAUAUAAUACAGUUUAUUCUACUUGUCUUAUACGUGUUUGUCAAAUAGAACAACUUUGUACAUAUGCUGAAUUUUAUUCAUUGAAUAGAACAAAUAAACAAUAUAAUGAUCCAUAUGUACAAUCUAAAGUGUAUAUACCAUUGAUAAUGUUGAAUAAUAAUUAUUAUUAUAGAAACAAAUCGAAAUUAUCCCACUUAUUCCCGCCAAUAAAUUUUAAUAAUUUAAUACAAUUUUACUUUAUUCAAUCUACAUUGCAAAUAAAUCAAACUAAUAUUAACAUACAAUUGAAUGAUUCUAUUGAUGUAUAUUUUAAACAUUCAACUAUAAAUGUGAACAGAUCACUAGAAUAUGUUUGGAUUAAAUAUAUAUUGGGAAUUUCCAUUUUUACUUUAAUGUGUCAAAUAAUAAUAUUUUCAUUUAAACAUUUGAAGAAAUGCUACACAAAAUACAAACUUAUCAAUCAUAGAAAUCCGUUUGUAAUGACAGCGGUUACAAACGAAGUUCAACACUCUGUGAAUAGAGAUGUAAACUCUAAACAAAUUUGUCACAAUGAUUAUCAUGUUGAAAAUAGAUGUGAAUUACAUAAUACUAAUGUCAUAAUGAAUGAUAAUAGAUUAAAUAAAGAAAUAAAAGAUACAGAAUGUGAUAGAAUUGAACAUAAUCCACUUGAUCAUCAACAACAAACUAGUCAUUCAAUGACAUGUUUAUUAAUUUAUCCAUCUAACAAAUCAAAUCAAUGUCGUCUCUUAUUCAAUAAUAAUAAUCAUAAUAAUACAUUACAUUAUACUAAUUCAUGUCUUCCAUCACCUAUUCAUUGCCAAUACAAUCAAAAUCAUUUAUCAAAGUUUAAGAUUGAUUCAUGUGUAAAAUCAAAACAUAUCAACUUACCACAACGUAUAAGUAAAUCAACAUUGAAUAUUGCUACUAAUCAUCAAAUGAAAUUAUCAACAGAACAAUUAACAUUGAAUGAAUAUGAUAAAAUGAAUCAAGUAAAUGAUAAAAAUCAUUCGCUUUUCAAUAAUUGUACAUAUAGAAAUGUAUUUUUACCAACUUGUUAUCAUAAUGAUUGUUUAAAACAAAAAUAUGGUUAUUGUACAGUAUAUCAUAGUUUAAAGAAUCAAGAUUAUAAAGAUGGUCAUUUGUCCCACACAAACUCUGGCUAUCGGUAUACUAGACCCAAUCCCAGGAUAUUUUUCCAUUGGAUCGCUUUUUAA